AUGGGAAAGAAUGAGACCACAGGAAUGGAUUUUAUUCUCCUGGGACUCUUCCCCGGCAUGAAAUUCACUGACAUCCUCAUUGGUGUGAUCACCUUCAUCUGUGUUGCUGCCUUCACAGAGAAUUCCACCCUGAUUCUCCUCAUCUUGUUGGAUUCCCAGCUCCACAUGCCCGUGUACUUCCUUCUCGGCCAGCUGUCCCUCAUUGACUUGCUCCUCAUCUCCACCACUGCCCCCAAGAAGAUGGCCAUUGACUUUUUCUCAGGAAAGAAAAUAAUUUCAAACACAGGCUGUGGGACACAGAUGUUUUUCUUUCUGAUGUUGGGGGGAGAUGACUGCAUUCUCCUGACUCUCAUGUCCUGGGAUGGCUAUGUGGCCAUCUGCUACCCACUGAGACACCCAGUCAUCAUAUGCCAGAGGGUCUGCCUGAUGAUGGUCCUGGGGUCCUGGGCUGGGGGUGCCCUAGAUGCUCUAGUCCAGACUGCAUACACCAUGCACUUACCUAAGUGUGGCCCCAAGGAGAUAGAACACUUCUGUGAAAUCCUGACUAUUUUGAGUUCCUCCUGUGAGGGUACCUCUGCAUUUAAGCUGACAUUUCUUGUGACGGGAAUGGUGAUACUCCUUAUUCCUUUUGUUAUCAUCUUUUCCUCCUACUCCCUCAUCUUCUUCACUGUCCUCCACAUGAAUUCCCCCAAGGAGGGGAACAGAGCACUGGCCACCUCUCCUCCCACCUGA